GUUCCUGUUCUGCAGAGGAACAAUGGUCCUGGCCUGACAGGGUUGGUGACCAUUGCUGCCCACCUAGUUAGACAGGCUAAGAAGGAGCAGCUCCUGGGGAGCACUGCAGAGGAGAAGGCUGUUGUUCAGCAGUGGCUGGAGUACAGAGUGACUCGAGUGGAUGGAAGCUCCAGUAAAGAAGACACCAGAAUAAUUCUGGGGGAUCUUAACAUGCACCUCGAAGAUAAAGUCUACCUUGCAGGAAACACUUUUACCUUAGCAGACAUUUUGAUGUACUAUGGAUUGCAUCGUGUCAUGGUGGACCUCACAGUGCAGGAGAAGGAGAAAUACCUCAACGUGUCCCGUUGGUUCAGCCACAUCCAGCAUUACCCAGGAGUCCGACAGCAUCUGCCCAACGUCGUCUUUGUCAAGAACAGAUUGUACACCAAUGCUCACUGA